AUGAGCGGAGUAGCCUUUGACAGCCUGUACGCUAGGGACCGGGCUUACUACCUCGACCUUGUCCGUCGCCAGAUCUUGGAGCUCGUCGCUGUGCAGCCCGACAUUCCCACUAUCGUCGAGGGUCUUAGAGAGCUUUCCGCGAUGACUCCUGGUAUCACUGAGACUGCGAGUUUUCUCGGUGACUGGCUCUUCCAUGGUACUGUCGUUGCUCUUGAGCCUAUCAUCCAUAGGGCUAUCGAUUCUCCCACUAGUGAGUGUAUUGAUAUCACCCUUAGAUGUGCGAUUUCCCAGCGGCUUUUGGCAGCUGUUUGUGAGGAGAUGCGUCGUGAUCCUUAUGGUAUUCCACUUUCGUGGUGGUGA